AUGGCGCUGCCGAUGUUCCUGUGCGACCGGGCCUCGUCAUAUGGAAGAUUCCGCGGAAAGGACAUUACGAUGUCGGUGCUGCAGCCAAGCCAAGCACAGCGUAUCUCGUACGAGUUGCAUCAAGGGUCCAAAUUUCGUUGCUCCAUGAUUCUCGCUUUCAGCCCCCCCUUGUUAAGCGAUUGCACAUGGCUCGAUGGACAUUGCGAGGGCAUCAGUUGCCACGAAGACGGCGCAGCUGAGUUGCGUGGACAUUGGUACAUACUCCAGCUCCAGAUAUCACCGGACUCGUACUUGUAUGCCAAUGGUCUACGAUGGCUGUCGCCAGUGCGGCCCAUCCAAGUCCAGGGGGACCCUGAACUCGCCUGCAAGUACCUGCGACUGGCCAGCAGUGGCGAGUUUGGAGGGCUUUUGGGCGUAGAGGAUACAUGGAUGUGGUGCGGGAGUGGGUGA